AUGGCGAAUCUUGACUGUCAGCUCUAUUGUCUGAGGAGCUCCUGGGAGAUAAGUAAAACAUGUCUGGAAAUAAAGGAUCUCAGAGACAAGGCAAGGGCAAUAACAAUUGCAGAAAAUAUCAGAUUGCAAGAGUUGGCAGGAUUCGGCAGCUCCAAGAAAGGGUCACCAGCCCCCAAGAAAGUGGGUGAAGUUAGUUAUGAAAGCAAAACAACAAAUACAGAAGAGUUGAACAAGGGCAUCUACUUCAGCUAUCCCAGUCGACGACACAGCUGUUCUUUGGUAAACAUCCCUACACCAUGUGUCAGCAAAAUGAUUGCCCACAUUGAGGAGGUGGAAUCUAAAAUAGAGGAGCACUUGAAACAAUUUGAAGCUUCUUUUGAAGAAUGGACUUCUACCACAAAAGAUGAAACUGAAGAUUUGGAUGUCACUGCCCCAGAGAAAACAGUCCACCCAGAAAAAGCAACGGAUGAAAAGUGUCCAGAGUUGAAGAAGAAAAUGGAGACAUUGUUAUCAGAGGCUGUUCACCUCAUUAAAAGUCUGGAAACCGACAGAGCAGAAGCCGAGCAAGCUUUAAAACAACAAAAAUCAAGAAAGAAAAGGAUUAGCAUGAAAAUUGACUCUUGGUCCAUUUGGAAACUCCAAGAACUGCCAACAGCUGUACAAAAAGAACAUGAUAACUUUUCCAAAGACCUGGAAGAACUGAGCAGCCAUCUUGAAGACACAGCUCAAGAAGUGGAGCAUCUAGAGCAGCAAAAGGAGAAGCUGGAAGAAGCCAACGCCAAGAUCCAGAAGGACAUAGACUACAUGACUCACCAUGCCCCUCUGCUGGAGAUGAAGAGGAAGCAGGAGCUGGAAGCUCUGAAGGAUCGCUAUCAUAAAAAGUUUGAGGUAAUGGAACUAUUUAGAUCAGUUCAUGAAGACCUCAAAGAGUCAAUAGAACUUUGUGAAACUACAAAAUCACAGCUAAAGCACAUGAAAGAAGAGGAUGAAAAAGAUAUUUUCCAAGAGGAAACAAAUAUAGAAACCUAUAAGAAAGAACUAGAUCAGCUUAGCAAUCUGCAGGCUCACUACUCAAACUCAAUUGAGUCUGUGAAUGUCCACAUUGAGGAGGACGAGGAAACAAUGACUGAGAUGCUGAGAGAAACACAGAGCUCAACAUACGAAGUAUCCAAUUUACUGAAAAACGUAGAUGAUUUGAAGAAAUCAUUUGACCAAUAUUCCUGGAGGCAAAGAAAAUUGGAAAGGCAAUACAUGGAUGCACUUAAUCAUUAUUAUUCCUCGAAAAGAACAUGGGAUAUUGAGCUUUCUGACGUUUCAAAAGACUUCACAAAUAUUUCAACAAGCUAUAUGGCACUGGCCGAAGAAAACAAAAGGCUCCGUUCUGAAAUCGAGAGCAUAAUAGAGGAAACUGGGGAAAGUGUAAAGAAAAAAGCAGACUAUGAGGUUGAAAUCCAGUCAUUGCUAGAACUGAAGUUAAAGAAUAACAAUUACCUCAAACAGCUCUACAAGCAGGCUUAUCAGAUUGGGGCUGUUUACUACGUAGCAAAACAUAAAACAGAGGACUUGGAGAACCAAAUAGCAGAAGUGAGAAGAAAAUUCAAGGGUAGAGAGGAGUUCCUGAGGAAGCUCACACGGGCUGAAAUGGCUGCCGGGGUAGCGAUUCAGAAAAGAUUGUAUUCCGUUGAAGAAACUCAGUUCAUGGAGAUGCAGGAAUUUUUGAGAAGGAAGGCACUCUACACUUUGGCUCUGACAGAAGUGGAGUUGCCGCUCCGCAAGAUAGAAGCAGAUGCUGUAAAAAUCAGACUUAUCCACCGUCAACACUCGCAUAUGCUUCACGAGAUACGGGAGAAGAAAGAACUUGUAAGAAAGAAAGUAGCUGCAACAAAGAAAAAAUUGCAAAGAAAGAGCAAGAAAAGCCGUAAGGAACUCACAAAAACAGAGGGAAAAGGUUCAAUAAUUCAUCAAGAAAUAGAAUUCACCAAAAACAAAACAAUUAUUCUCCAUGCAAAAAGCGUAGAACUGACGAAGGAGAUAAAAGUAAUGAAACUCGAAAAGAUAAAUUUUGAAGACAAACUUGAAAAGUUGAAGGAUGAGUUCAUCAAGCUGAGAUUCGACAAGGAACACUCACAGGGUGUGUUUGACCACCUCAAGCUAGAAAAACAGCACUGUGAGGAGAGGAUCUUUGAGGAGGACAAGAUGUUCAGGAAGCUUGUUGAAAUGAGACAGAGCACCCUGGCCGACAUCCAGAAACUUCAGGAAGACUCACUGGCAGAAAACUUGCGUUUAGCCAUGGAGUAUCAAUCCAUGCAGGCUCUUUUCUUAAAGGAGAAGGACGCCUACUUCAAUGGCUAUGACAGACUGCUGUCAAUGAAUGCUUCACUUUGUGACAAGAAAAAGCUCUGUCAGCUACAAGACAAGCUGGACAAGCAAUGGCAGGAAUACUUCAGACUGGUGAUCCUUUUUAACCAGCACCGGCUGGAGAAGUUCCAGGGAGACUCCCAGGACAGCAUUCAGAAAAUAUUACAAGUGCAGGAGGAAUCUUCGACUCUAAUGCAACACAUCUUAGAUUUCUUCCAGACUUUGACAGAUGGUUCAUGUGGAAAAGAUGGUUAA